GCACAUAACUUUCUGAAAUAAGCACAGACAUUUUCAAAUUUUCGGCAAAAACUAACGCAACUGGGAGAUUCAUGUUUGCCAGCCUGUUUUGUGUUGUGACAGUGGUUGUGAAUUGUGAUAUUUUUGGCUUUUGUUUUUGAAAUGUUAUAAAAGAUGAAAGGUAAUUGUGUCAAUUUUCAUAAUAUCUGCAGUUUUUGUGGAAGGAAAAUAUGAGAGAAAAUUACAAUUUAUCGCCGGACUGUUCUGGGAAUAUGGUGCAGAAGGUGCACUUUCCAAUAAUUAGUAUGAUAAAAAUUUAACAAGUGGACAUCAAUUUCUUGAGUUUAUUUGAUUUUAAGUAUGUCGGGUGUUUUUGGUUACAGCCGUGAAGCGGUAAGAGUGAAAGUCAAAAAAUGUGAAGGUAACCAACAGCCAGAAUGGCGAAAAUUCAGUGUAGACCCACAAAUAACUUCUUUUGAAGUACUUCAGAGCAUUUUAGCUAAAGCUUUUGACCUCAAAGGAGAGUUUACAAUAUGUUUCAGAGUGUAUGAUGUUAAUGGGCAUGAAACCUAUAUGCCCUUACUUUCUGAUUGGGAUUUAGAUGCUGCAUUUUUGAAAGCACAUAAUACAUCAGUAGCUACCAAUAGUGAAGCAUGUUUAUGUUUGCGCGUCGAUUUAAGACCUUUUGAAGAAUGUUCUGACGACUGGGAAAUCAAACAGAAUGUACCAAUCUUGACUCAAAUAAGAACAGCUACUAGUCAAGAAGCUAAGCCAUCACCUAGAUUGCAUGGAAUUUUCAAUCAGAUGGGAAAAACUUUGAACAUGGUACAGAGAGCAUUCAAUUUCGGUGAGGAUGAAACUCCUUUCCAACCUCCAAGGCCUCCCCUAUCUGAUGCAGAAUUUAGAAGGUUUUUAGAUGCAGUGGGUCAGAUUGUAUAUGCUAAAGAAUUAAGAUCAGUUAUUUACUUUGGAGGAAUUGAUCCAAGUCUAAGAAAAGUUGUGUGGAAACAUCUACUGAAUGUUUAUCCAGAAGGUAUGACGGGCAAAGAAAGAAUGGACUACAUUAAGAAAAAAGCACUGGAGUAUGUUACCUUGAGAGAAACAUGGAAAACUGCUAUUGCUCAAGGCCCUGUUGUAGGUGAAUUAGCUUACACAACCGGAAUGGUCCGAAAAGAUGUAUUGAGAACUGACCGUCAUCAUCCAUUUUAUGCAGGAAGUGAUGAUAAUCAAAAUAUUGCAUCACUUUUCAAUAUAUUGACCACAUAUGCACUAAAUCAUCCAAAAGUUAGUUAUUGCCAAGGAAUGAGUGACCUUGCUUCCCCACUUCUUGUCACAAUGAACGAUGAGGCUCAUGCCUAUAUUUGCUUCUGCGCACUUAUGCAGAGGCUAUGCACAAAUUUUAUGAUAGAUGGAAUUGCUAUGACUCAAAAAUUCAGCCACUUAGCAGAAGGAAUCAUGUAUUAUGAUCAAGAAUUUCAUAACUAUUUGAAAAUUCACCAGGCUGAUGAUCUACUUUUCUGCUAUCGAUGGUUACUUCUAGAAAUGAAGAGAGAAUUUGCUUUUGAGGAUUCUCUUCGUAUGUUAGAAGUUCUUUGGAGCUCUCUACCUGCUGACCCUCCUGAGAAAGAAUUGAAGCUCUUUGAUACCUUGUUUCAACUACCUUCAGUAUCAACACCACCCAUUAGUCCUUUGGUGAAAACAACGAGGGAAACUCAGUACACAAAAAUAUGCGCCUUAAGAAGGCAAAGUUCUUCCAUAUCAUUGAGCAAUUAUAACUGUAAGAAAAACAAUCAAGUAAAGAGACAGAAUCACAGCCUAGAUGAGUCAAUUAGUAGGUGUAGUCAUAACAUUACUGACAUAAAAAUAAAACACCAAAGUUUGGAUGAUACCGCACUAACCCAUAGUAAAACUAAAAGUAUUGAUAUCAGCCCCAAAUCCCCGAAAAAGUGUAGCGACUUUUCCUACUACUCAAAAAAUUUCGAGUUUUUGUCAACUUCGCCCAAAUCUGAGCUUAGAUCCCGAUCUGUUUCCCCUUUAGAACAAAAAUCAGACUCCAUAGUACUGAACAAUAGACUUAAUACUCAACAAUUUCUAACAAAAAAAAGUGCAAGCUUAUCUUCCAGCAUGACUAACCUAAUUAAAAAUACCAAGCGACCGGGCCAUUUCAAAGAGCUCAAAGACAAAAUAACUACUGCUAAACUAUUUUCUUCUUUAGAUAAGUUGGAUGCCAACCAGUCAAUAAAGGAAGAAGAAGAGCGUGCACCAAAAACUAAGUUGGUAAAAAACCUCAACGAGUUCCUGAGAAUUGGUACUGUUAGCAAGAAUAAGAUAUCAGAUGUAAAUAUUGAAGCUGCAAUUGAGAAACCGAAGAUAAUGCUUACUAAAUCAAGCUUUGAUGACUCUGAGAGCUCCAGCUUGGAUCAUACUUCGGAAAAUACUAGACAUUAUUCCUCAACUUCCAAUGACGAAACGUUUGAUGAAACUAGUCCCGAUGAUUCCCAAGAAUAUUUUCCCUUGACUACUUCGGUUACCAGAGAAUUGAGACUAGAACUCGAGAAUUUGGACAGAACAGUUUUCGGAGAUAAAUACAUAGAGAGGUUAUGUGAAUCACCUCCAAGUAGUGAAGAUGGAAAUACUGAACUAAAAACAGUAACCGAAGACUUUGAUGUUAGGGAAAAUUUUGAAACAAAACGAAGAAGCGAUGAUAUUUUUUUAUGGGAAAAUCCUCUCCAUUUGACAAGUCCCAAUAAUGUGGUUAAAAUUACCACACACAUUUCAGACAAACAGAUUGAAAUCGAGAAUGACGCCCCAAGCAUGGUAAAUGAGACGUCAGCCAUGAAAACAAUCACUCCAAUAAAAAUUAUAAACCAAACUCCUAUAGAAAAGGUGUGUUCAGUUCAGGAUGAACCAGAGCUCAACUCUGAUGUUCCAAAUCAUGGUCCUUUCUCAAAUCAUAUCAUGAUGAAUGGAACAACACCAACCAUGACAAACUCCUGUGAAGAAGUUACUGAAUCUAUCAAAUCAACGUCUCUUCUUCCCCCACCAAAUGAAUUUGGAGGGGGGAAUCCAUUUUUGAUGUUCCUUUGUAUAACGUUGCUUUUACAGCACCGAGAUCACAUAAUCAGUAAAGCUAUGGACUAUAAUGAGAUGGCAAUGCAUUUUGAUAAAAUGGUUAGAAAACAUAAUGUAACUAGGGUUUUGAAUCAGGCAAGGCAAAUGUACGCUAGGUAUAUUAAGCAACAAAGUAUGGCUCAGCAAAGAACAGAGUCCAAAAUUGAAGAAUGUUAAUGGUUUGUUUCCUUUUAUUAUUCAGUACUGUGAUAUUUAUUCCGUAUUACUUUUUUAUUUCAUUUGUAAAUAUUUCUUUUUGUACACUAGUAAUAAUUUAAGUGAGUUUUCUUUUGCUGGUAAGGAGAAAAGUGUUUAUUUCAUUUAAUAAAACAUUUACCUAC